UUCGCUAAUUUUAUUGACGUUUCAGCGAGUCUUCGGCCACUUACGCAUGAGAAAUAGUUGGUAACUCUGUGGUAUCGGUCAGACUGGAAUAUUCCUGUUAGAGGAAUACGCGUUUUAGUGUUUUCUACAUAGAGAAAUUAUACUUCGAAAGGCUUGGAGAGCUCAGCAUGGCUCCUCUCACUUCUAAUUUAACCAAGGAGCAAAGAAAACAGCUCUGUGCCCUGCUGGGGAAUGUGAAACUGACUCUUCUCUACAAGGCUUCUUUCCAUGGAUAUAAUGCUUCUGCCUUCCACCAGCAAUGUGACCAUCAGGGUCCCACCUUGCUUGUAGCCUACAACUAUUCAGGCUACAUCUUUGGGGGAUACACUAGUGUAGAUUAUGCUCAAACUGGUGGUUAUAUUACUGAUGAGAAUGCAUUCCUGUUCAGCAUUCAAGAUGGAGCACCUGUCACCUUCAAAGUUAACAGUGGACAUAAUGCACGUCUUGAUGACUCCGGAGUGCCCAACUUUGGUCAACAAUUGUACUUUUGUUAUAACAACCAACCUUAUGUGCAUGAUCAAAGAGUGAAUAUGUACCAUGCUAAAAGAUCCGGGGGUAAUGCAUUUGGGUACAAUUCGGCAUCAUUAUAUGGGAACGACAAUGCGCUGAUUGAAUGUGAAUUGUACAAAGUGGAGCAGAUCCCUAAGGUCAGAGCUGAGGAGAAGCCAUGGAGGAAUAUUCUGUGGACAACUCAACAAAGAGGAAAGCUUAUGGAAUUGAUCAAGAAACAUAAACCCCUGAUGACCUCUGUGAGCCGUGUUCGAAUCCUCAUGAUCGGUCCUGUAGGUGCUGGAAAGUCCAGUUUCUUCAACUCCAUUAACUCCAUCUUCAUGGGUCGCAUGACUGGCAAAGCCAUGUCAGGAUCUUCAAGCACUAGUCUGACCACACAGUUUCGCACAUAUCCAGUGAAAGAUGGUCGUGAGGGAAAGCCAUUGUCCUUUGUGUUAUGUGACACCAUGGGAUUAGAGGAGCAAUCAGGAGCAGGACUGGAUAUCGAAGACAUCAGCAGCAUUCUUCAAGGUCACAUCCAAGACCGUUAUAAAUUCAACCCUGUGACACCAUAUCAAUCUGUGCAAAAAGCCCCCAUAUCUGCAUCUUUACAAGAAAAGAUCCACUGUGUGGUGUACGUGAUAGACGGGACCAAAAUCUCCCUCAUGUCCAGCAAGCUGGAGGAAAAACUUGCUGCCAUACGCAGAAAAGUGAACUCAAUGGGUAUUCCCCAGUUUGUCUUGAUGACAAAAGUAGAUGAGGUGUGUCCCCUUGUGGAGAAAGACCUACAAAACAUUUAUGUCAGUUCCUACAUCAAGAAAAAGGUGCAGGAGGUGAGCUCUCGGUUGGGUGUUCCUCUCUCUUGUGUGUUACCAGUGAAGAACUACAGCCAGGAGUUGGAGCUGAACUUCAGCUGUGAUGUUCUGCUUCUCACUGCUUUACAGCAGAUGCUCAACUUUGCUGAUGACUAUUUGGAUGAUGUCAGUCCCAUGGAAAGAAACUCCAUAUAAAGUGCUUUUUGUUUUUAUGCGUUAUGGGUCAUAGGUUAAAACUGGGGAUAUAGCUGGGUAAGCUUUCUUCUAGAUCUGCAAAAUAUGGUAUCUUAAAUCAGAAUAUUGUUCUGUUUUGGCUAUAUCAUAGUUUAUACAAUAUCCAUGCAAGAAUAAGCAUGAUUUAAGAGCUAAUGAGAAAGUCCAUUUAGGAAAAAAGUUUUUUGCAUCAGAACUGCAACAAAAGUCAUAAUGUUAAUAAUUAUGUACAAUGUAAUGAUUGCUAUUGAAUGUUAUUUUUACUGUACACCAUUGUACCAUUACUAUAGUGUCCUGAGUGCUGCAUAUUUGCAUACACAUUAAUAAACAUAAUGAAACGUGAAAGAGA